GAAAAUUCCAGUUUCUUCUGAUCUAGACUUCACUCAGCUACAUCAUUGUGUGCUGCUGCCUUCAUUUACGGUCAAGAAACAAAAAACAUGGCAGUUUCUGAACACCUGGCUAAAGCUGUCGUCAAUGCUAUAGACAAACAGUUGAACAAUUGCACGUAUCAUGACGUCACCGUGACGGUUGAAGGCACAGAAUUCCAAUGCCACAGAUUUCUGCUGAGUGCCAGCUCCAAGUUUUUCAGGGCGCUCUUCCAGUCUGGGAUGCGAGAGAAUCAGGACAGGAAGGUGGAGCUGAAACAGAUGACGUCAGAGACGUUUGGUCUGGUGCUGGACUGUAUUUACAAAGCUAAAAAUGUUCUCUCGGUGGACAAUGUAUCUGAUGUAUGGCAGGCGGCCAAUCAGCUCCAGAUAGACUUCCUGCUGGAGGCCUGCGAACUGUUUCAGAUAAAAAGACUGUCCAAAGACAGCUGCAUCGAGAUUAACAUUGAAGCGAAACAUCUGGAUUCCAAAAAACUUCUAGAACUCUCCUGGGAUGUCUUAAUUAAGGACUUCGAUUAUUUGAGGAAGACGGAUGAUAUUCUAUAUUUAGAUUUUGAAGACAUGAAACGGCUUGUCACAAGUGACGACUUGGAAAUUAAUUCUGAAGAUGUUGUCAUUGAUCUAAUCUUAAGAUGGGCAGAAUUCAUUCCACAAUCAGACGAGAGAAAACAUACGGAUGUCUUUGAACACGAAUCAAAAGGUUCAACAAAUAUUGUUUUGAUCGCUGCAUCUAAUGAAAAAGAAAAAGAUACGAAAGAAAUCGACAAAAGACAAAGGCUUGAAAAAUGUAGCAAAACUGCGAAAAAUGAGGUCUGCGAUGAAAUAAAUAAGCGUAAAAACACAUCGACGUCUAUAGUAAAAGAAGAUUACAAAUAUAACAGACUUUCUUUUGUACACGAACUUUUGUCUGUAUCCAAAAUUGGCCUGAUAAGUGGUGCAUGUUUCCAGAAACUGUUAGACAGUGAGACUGUAUCACAAAGUCCUGAAGCUUUUGCUAUCGUCAAAGAAGCGCUCGGUCAACAUCUAAAGCCCAGCAAACAGUUUUACUACUGCCCUCCCCAAGCCACUCAUAGACCUAAGAGUUUGUUGGCGAAUGUUGUAAUUACUAUUGUAUGUGAUAGUGUCUUCAAGAUGUCUUGCAGGACCAACGACGGCACAUGGUACCAACUACAACCACCGCAGAUUAGGUGUACGGCUGUUGGAUUUGAGGAGUCUAUUUAUGUCUUAUCUAACUUUAUUAACCAAUAUGCUGCAUAUAGAUACAACCCAAACACUAACAUCUGGACUAACAUUGUGUGCCUGAACCCAGAAAGAAACAACUGUCAACUGGUAAGUCUAGACAACUACAUCUAUGCCAUAGGGGGCGACAACUCUACUUCUAUUGACAGGUUCAAUGCUAAAGACGAGCAACAAAAACCAGGUUCCGGCAAGUGGGAGAAAGUGGGUGACCUCAAAAUGGCGGUCACCAACAUGAUGGCUACCACAGUUGGAAACUCUAUCGUUGUGUUCGGGAGUGAAGCGGCCACAAGCACCACAACCACGGUCCAAAGUUUCAACACACACACCUUGACCAGCCACUUCUACACAGACAACAUGUCCGGUGUUGCCAGCAACAUGGUCAGUUUCAAAGACCGCAGCGACACCUAUGUCCUUCAGCAGACAGGCGCCCUGUGGAAGCUGGCUGCCUGCAAUGAUCACAUUCUCAAGAUGGAGUUCUGCACUGUGUUGUUUGAGGAGAAGUUCAAGCUCUCUGCCGCUCUUAUACAAAAUGAAGAGCUCUUACUUCUGGGGACCGAGAUCAAUCCCAUCAUGCACCGAGAAUGGGACACCAGUCACCUUGACAUGUUUAAAAGGAUAAAAAUAAUUGAGAGACCCGGAUGUUGUCUUCUUAGCACCGUCAUACCUAAGUCGUUUCUUGUUACCUUGGAAACGUAAAGACUGACCCAAACAUUUAGUUUGAAAUUCGUUGAAUUUAUUAAAAAAUUAUUUAGUAUUAGUUAGUACUAGCAUUUAGAAAACUAUAUAUUUAGAAACGUUUCUUUCCCAUAAUAAAAUAUUAGUUUCAUCUCAUUG